AUGAACAUAGAUUUGAAUAUCUCUUGUGCAAAUGAUGGAGGAGAAGCUAGUUCCAGUGUGCGAGUGGAUAUGGGGGAAUCUAGUAAGAAUCAGCAUGGGGGUCCGUCUGAACAAUACGAGGAAAACACUGAUGAGUUUAUUAGCUAUCAUGAUGAAAGUGAUUCCGGUGCCGAAUCUGAAGAUCCGGUCGAUGGCGAAGAUGGUGAAGAUUUCUCUCAUUCACACAAAUUUGAUUCUGUUGAAGAUUGCGACACAGCAGCAGGUGCAUGUUCUGUUCAAGUGUCGAGAAAUUUAGUGGAAAGUAUGCUAAAUGUUGGAUGUUAUGUUGACACCUUGGACGAGGUCCAUGUGCUGUAUCGGGAGUACGGAAGAUUGUCGGGUUUUUCUGUUAGAAAAGGAAAUCAAUCUUAUUUCCUCAACUCUAGCAGCGUACGUGCAAAGAUCUACCAUUGUUCAUGUGAGGGCUAUCCUGACAAUAAGUGUUCCAUUGGUAAAGUCCCGGUAUGCAAAAAACAGUCGUAUAGGUGCAAUUGCAAGGCGAAGCUCCGUGUUGCUCGAGAUGAUUUUGACUCACGAUGGAAGGUGACCAUUUUUUAUAACGAGCACAACCACAAAUUGCUUGACCCUAGUGAGAGUUACCUACUUCGUUCAGCACGCAAUAUGUCGCAAUCGAAGAAAACAUUGCUCCUUGCUUUGACGUCCAACGGUAUUGGUGUAAGUCGUGCCUAUGGGUUUAUGGAGAAUGAAGCCGGUGGUCGUGCACAUAUAGGAUUUCUACGCAAAGAUGUGUACAAUGAGCUGGAUAGAGACCGUAGGAAAAUGUAUAAAGUUGCAAAUUCAGAUGUGAACAAGUUGAUUGAGUACUUCACGGACAAAGGUUUGGGCGAUCCUUCUUUCUAUUGGAAGGUGAAGGUUGGUGAUGAUGGAAGGCUUAAUAAUUUGUUUUUCCGUGAUACAAGGUGUCUGAUAGACUACCAACAUUUUGGCGACGUUGUCUCUAUUGAUGCCACGUAUAAGACUAACAAGUACGAUCUGGUAUGUGUUCCUAUAAUAGGGAUUAACCACCAUCGUACUAAUGUGCUCUUUGCUAUGGCUUUUUUGUCGAAUGAGAAAACGGAAUCCUAUGAAUGGUUGUUUUCUACUUUUCUUGAAUCCAUGUAUCACAGGGAGCCGACAGUAAUUUUCUCGGACCAAGAUCAAGCACUCAUGAAUGGAGUGGACAACACAUUUCGCGAAGCAUGUCACAGGUUGUGUCAGUGGCAUAUCAAUAAGAAUGCAGGGAAGCAGUUUGGAACGUUGAACCACAACAAGCAUUUUAAGAGCAUGUGGUACCGUUGUAUGAAUGGAUGCGAGAACGAGGAAGAGUUCGAGGCUAGCUGGAAAUCUAUGACCGAAGAGUUCAAUUUAUUGGAAAAUAGGUGGUUUAAGAACAUGUAUAGCCUUCGGAAGCGAUGGUCAUCGGCCUUCACGCUAGACAAAUUUUGUGGUGGGUUGCAUGCAACGUCUAGAAGUGAGGGUUGUGAUGAUAAAUCAGGAAACAAAGCGGGGUAUGUCUUCAUGUCAUAUGUGGGAGACGGAAGAAUCCCGGAUGAAAUGGUUUUGAAUCGUUGGCGGCGUGACUCGAAGGAGCGUAUACCAUUAAAGGAACGGGUUAUCGGAUGUGCCGGGCCUAACAAGUUCUCGAAUAUGGUUUUUGUUAAUCACAACGCCAAGCGUGUUUAUGACUUGUUGAGCGAUUGCAAGGAUAAUGAGACUUGUAGGGAUGCAGUCAAUGAUUAUAUUGGCACAAUGAUAGGAGUUGUUCGUAGCAUGAUGAAGGGGUCGAAGACUGAGACUAAAGAGACCUUGCAUCGCCCCAUCCGAAAUCCAAUUGUAAAGAGGAAACGAAAUUCCCGACGGAAGAUGUGUAGUAGUAUGUGGGAACAAGGAGGCCGAGCCAAUAAUCACUCAUCAUACGAUGACGAUGAUGAUUCACACAGAAGUAAUUUUGGGUUCAUCAAUUCUGGAAUGGAGCAUGGCAUCACAUCCCCUGAUCGUUUCUCAAUGGAUUAG